CUAUCACUAUUCACUGUGGUUAUCUCUCUCUGGUGCAGCUAUGGAGUCACUUUCUCUGAAGCAAAUUAUCUCUGUAACCCAUCAUAGUUUCCUCAGAAGAAGAAACCCAAUUCACAAACAAACUGGGCGUUUCCACUUUAGAAUCCUCUCCAAAAAAUCUGAUUUCCAAGAUUUUCAGGGCUAUGCAAAACCUUUCCGUCUCUUGCCAGCCAAAGAAGUGAAAGCCUACACAGAUACCACUGCAGAAAAGAUUUUUAAAUCUGUGAAUGAGGCUGGAUCACAGUGUUUAUACAAGGUCAAGCUCGGUACAAGUAACAUCUAUGGCUCAAGUCUGAGUGACUUAAAUGCUGGGAUUCUCCUAUGCUUGAUAGAUAAAAAUGGUAAUACCAUAUUACAGAGGAUACCAGCCAGUUUGAUGACAGAUCAUUCAAUAAAAUCAGAGGAUUUGGUUGACCCAGAGAUACUCCAUUUCCAAAGAGGUUCUGUUGAUGAGUUCACCUUUGAGGGGCCUAAUCUGGGAAGAGUCAAAGCUCUUUGGAUAAGUCUUGAAUCAGGUCAGUGGAGAUUAGGAAGUGUGAGCUUGACAGCAAUUUGUGGGUGUCAACCUUCAUUAGAGGAACAAGAUGGAGAUGAACAUAAGGAAUUUGGCUUCCAAUAUGAUUUUCAAACCGAGGAUAUUUUACUUGGGGAGGGAAGUGAUGUAUCCAUGGUGGAACUUAGACCUCACGUUGCUUCAAAGUUUUCUGGGGUUGACUCAUUUGCCUUCUUUGGCAAAAGCCUCUCCCAACAGACUUCAUUCACGAGUCAUGGGACAUCAAUCGAGGAAAGCAUGAGGGAAUAUGCAGAUUUGAAGAUCUCUUUGCUACUUUAUGAUGCCAUUCUGAUCUUUGUUGGUACAUCAGUUGCUUCAUUCUCAGCUGGGGAAAAUACUGCUUUUGCAUUCCUAACUGGUGGUCUUAGUGGUUUCUUGUAUCUGUUGCUAUUACAGAGGUCCGUUGAUGGUUUACCAGUUUCAAGAGAUCCAGCAUCUAUUUCCAGGAAGACAGAAGGGACUGAUAGCAUGUUUGGAGGAUUCAGGGGUUCAGUAUCAAGUCUAGCAUUGGUGAUUGGUUUUGCUUUAUUCAUAGUGAAGUAUAGCUCUGGAGAUAUUCCCUUGGCAUGGACACCAAAAGAACUUGUGGUUGGUAUGAUGGGAUUUCUUGCUUGUAAAGUUGCCGUGGUUUUGGCAGCAUUGAAGCCCAUGCCAAUGGGUCUAAAGAUAAAAAAGUGAUAUACUAGCUCGGUUUCCCCCAAUGAGGAAGAAAGGAGAGAAAAAUAUAAGUCUGUUUGAAACCAAUUUGAGUCACGCAUCUGUAAUCUAUUCAGGAAAACAUUUAUAGGCACAAUUCAUAUUUCCUUGAAGAGAACUGAUGAGUGAUGACUUAACUAAUAGAUAUAUGUAUAUUCCAUCUUGUUUUCCCUGUUCUUAACACUUGUAUAUCAUUGUUUAGAACACUAUAGGAGGAACAAAAAGAUUGUUUAUUUCUUAUUACUAAAUGUCAAUUUUUCAUAACCUUUAUUGUUUUCUG